GGCGCUAUUGUGCGCCGGGUCUGAUACUCGGUACCCUCCAUGGCCGCAAAAGAACACCACCAUUCAAAGAAAACAACAUAUUCUCUCUCCUCCUUUUGCUGCCUCUUUCUCUCUAUCCUCUGUUUCGCAUCUCUCUUCCUCGCUUUCUCUCUAUUCAAAACCUCUCUCUCUCCUCCUCGACCCGACCAGCACCGGAACUUCGAAUCCGAACGCAGCGAAACCGCCGAGAUAAAGAAUGGCGUCUCAAACUCGCCGUGCGAUUACUCCGAUGGAAAGUGGAUCUACGAUCCGACGGUUAGAUCUCCACGGUACGACAAGGCGUGUAAGGAGAUAUACAGAGGCUGGAAUUGCAUUGGCAGUAACAAAUCUAAUGGAAUUGAUAUUGUCAAGUGGCGUUGGAAGCCCAACCAUUGUGAUCUUCCACAGUUCGAUCCUCUUCGGUUCCUUGAAGAUUACAGAGACACCAAUAUUGGGUUCGUGGGUGACUCCUUGAAUAGGAACAUGUUUGUCGCACUUUUCUGCACUUUGAAACGAGUAUCGAGUGAGGUGAGAAAGUGGCGUCCUGCUGGGGCCGACCGUGGGUUUACAUUUCUUCAGUACAACCUUACAAUUGCUUAUCAUCGCACAAACCUUUUGGCUCGUUAUGGUAGGUGGUCAGCCAAUGCCAACGGUGGUGUGCUAGAAUCUCUCAGAUAUAAGGAGGGUUAUAGAGUUGAUGUUGACAUACCCGAAGGAACUUGGGCAGAGGCUCCUAGUUUCCACGAUAUUCUCAUCUUUAACACUGGACACUGGUGGUGGGCCCCUUCAAAAUUUGACCCAGUAAAAUCACCUAUGCUUUUCUUUGAGAAGGGCCAGCCAGUGGUGCCUACAAUACCUCCUGAUGCUGGUCUUGAUAUGGUUUUAAAGCACAUGAUAUCGUUUGUGGAGGGAAGAACCCAACCGAAUACCAUUGCAUUUUUUCGUACACAAUCUCCAAGACAUUUUGAAGGUGGUGACUGGGACCAAGGUGGUUCUUGUCCACAUUUACAGCCUUUGUUACCACAAGAGGUUGAAGAACUUUUCUCUUUGAAAAAUAAUGGAACAAACGUGGAGGCGCGCCUUGUGAACCAGCACUUGUUCAAGGCCCUUAAAGGAUCAUCUCGCUUCCAUAUGUUGGACAUAACCCACAUGAGUGAAUUCAGAGCAGAUGCCCAUCCAUCCACAGCCGGUGGAAAGAAACACGAUGAUUGUAUGCAUUGGUGCCUUCCAGGAACUACCGAUACUUGGAAUGACUUGUUCAUAGCACAUCUAAACAACUUCAAGGUUCCGAACUGAGAGGUUAUUGUUACUAAUCUUUACUUGGGAAUUGCUCUCUUUUUAGGUUGUAUGUAAUUCAUGUUCCGUCGUCGUCAUGGUUUGUAGCUGUAUUAAGCAUACUCUUUUCUAUUAAUAUAGAUGUGGUGUUUUUCACCGUAGCGAUAAAUACACAUAUUUUUAUAGAAUUUUAGAUUGUAUGGCUUUUAAGCUAGAGGUGACUAGAAUCAGAUUGUACUUUGUUAGCCAUCACUGAAAUUCAAAUGGAC